CGGACUGUCCCCUGCACCCAUCCCCUAUCUUUGCAUGGAGGAACUAUUGAAUUCCGUUCAAAAGCCUUGAGCUUCCCAAUCUUCUUUAUCGAUUGUUUCCCAUCAACAAUCUCCAAACCACAACAACAACAAAGGCAACACCGAUCGCCAUAGGCCUGGCGACCGAGCUCCACCCUAACCGAUCCGACCAACGCCCCUUCGAGAAUGCUAGAAGCCUUUGCCAUGGACCAAUCAGACCGCAAGGGAUUCUCGCUGUUCCCUAUGCCGCCUACUCCGCCGGUGAACAGAGGGCACGUAAAGAUGAUCAUGAGCGAACAACAAAGAACCGUUGCUCUCGACAACCCGGUCCCCGGAUCAAAGCAUAGGGACUCGGAUGUGCAACACUUGCGUCCACCUCCAUUAAAGCUACGGAAGAAGAGGCUUGUGGAGGCCAAUCAACCCUACACGACGUCUUCCCCCUUGCUUGGCUCCGACCAAGCUGAACCCUCGCCCAGAGAGGUCAUCGAACCCUUUCCUCAGCUACCCACCGAGGUUGCUGUACCCUACCAUACCUCGCAUCUCGCACCCCUUGCGUCGUCGGCAAGAGCCUCGUCUGUGCUGGUUCCAGAAUGCAAUAUUGUUGUGGAAGAACCUGCCGAGGAGCAGGAGGCGACUCCCUCAGAGGAAGUUCCACAUUAUUCAUUCUUGUCAAAGAGAGCCUCAUAUCGGAAAAGCCAAUGGCUAGAUGGUGAAGGACAACUCGAUCGCAAGAGGUUGUCCAUGUACCUAAGUGGAGUUCUCGAUACAUCAUUCCAGGUUGAAGAAGAGUCGACCUACCUCGCACCACUCCCUGUCAAUGCACGUGCAAGCAUUCAAAAGCACGAAAGCCAGGCUGCCCGUGAACCAUGGCGAUUUUCAACUGUUUCAAAUGAAUCUCGCAACUCCCACAGACCAGCCCCACUCGAUAUUCGAGAUGCUGCAUCUGUCAAGGAUUGCCACUGCCCACCGGGAGUCAUCAUGUGCAAAUGCUGCUCCUCUCCAGAAUUCGAGCGUUUCCGGCGCGUGCACAGUGACCACAAACCCAACCCCAGUGUCAGCUCGACAACAUGCUUCCUGUCCAUUCCACGUGCGCGCUUCCGCUUGACACUGGGUGAGGUCGAAGAACCUGACACCCCGUCGACGCCGCCCGGGUUGAUGUACGAUUCCGAUGAUAGCGAUGAGCUCGACUGGUCUCUGCCCAACUCUCCGACUUUCCAGGAACGUCGACUUCACUACCUAGACACUCCAACCCCGGCCGCACGACAGCCUCCGAUUCAGCGGCCACCAGUCCCAUCUUUCUCGCUACCCUUUUCUCACGGCAGACAGAUCCGACCACGCUUUCACGCCGACAGGAGUCCGUCGGUGCCACGGGCCCAGAGAGCAUCGCCGUCAAGCAGCAUCCCGACACUGGCCAGCAUUUCGACCGUGUCAACCUUCACCUUUGACUUUGGCGAUGACGAGGACAAUCAGACCGAGUUCGACUUCUUUGAUGAAGGCACUGAAAUGAGCGAGAUCCGCACGUUCGAGCCAGUUCAGAAGGCGAAACCAGUCUUGGUCCAUUGUCGUGGCCCAUCGCCCCAUUCCAUCAAGUACGGACAUCAUCUGCGGCACAAGGUGGCCGAUAGUGAUGAUUCGCUCUCGGCGUCCGAGAAUUGGGGAUCCGGCUAUGCUACUAUUUAUGUACGAUAAGGGCUCUUUCAUUUUUCAUUUUGGUGUUUCAUUUGUAUUUCGUUCAUUAUUUCUAUGAAUUGUUAAAAAGCGGCCUGGUGUCAGAGACAAGCCGGUUGCCAUUCUUCCACACCCACCCGGUGGUCUUCUGGGUGGAUAUGUUGGCUGCUUUGUAAACUAGGGUAUGAUGGGGUAUAGGUAGAUAUGGAUAGAUAUCUCGGCGUCGGCGCAGGAAGGGGUCGUUAUAUCAUGAUACCAGCCCUCUCGGAGGAGCCUUUUGGUUUUUUUCUUUCUUCAAAAUUCAUUGAUUCAAGACUCAACA